AUGUUGGAGGAAGCUUAUUCUUGUACAGUUGACGAUAUCCUAAAGCACUAUAAUACGAACACUGAAACUGGCCUAACUAAAAGGCAGAUUGAAUCCUCUUUGAAGGAGUAUGGGUACAAUGAGUUACCACCGGAAGAAAACAAGCCUCUUUGGAAAUUGGUACUUGAACAGUUCGACGACCUCUUGGUCAAAAUUCUUUUACUGGCAGCUGUUAUCUCAUUCGUCUUGGCGUGGUUUGAAGAUAGCGAAGAUGCAACUACUGCGUUCGUCGAGCCAGUUGUUAUAAUGCUUAUAUUAAUCGUGAAUGCAAUUGUUGGUGUUUGGCAGGAACGUAAUGCUGAGUCAGCCAUAGAAGCCUUAAAAGAGUAUGAGUCAGAUACUGCAAAAGUUAUUCGUCAAGGUUAUCAAGGUGUUCAGAGUGUGAAAGCCCGUGAACUUGUGCCUGGAGACAUUGUGGAAGUUGCUGUUGGAGACCGGGUUCCAGCGGACAUUAGAAUCGUUAAAAUCUUAUCGACAACACUUCUUAUUGAUCAGUCUAUCUUAACUGGCGAGUCAGUAUCCGUUUCAAAGCACAGUGAUCCUAUAUCCCAGGCUCGAGCUGUCAAUCAAGACAAAAAGAAUAUGCUGUUCAGCGGUACAAACGUAGCCUCUGGAAAAUGUGUUGGGAUAGUAGUCGGAACCGGACUUUCAACAGAAAUAGGCAAAAUUCGUGAUCAAAUCAUGCAUACGGAACAAGAUAAGACUCCUCUCGGGCAGAAAAUAGAUGAAUUUGGAACACAGUUAUCAAAGGUCAUAACAUUCAUAUGUAUUGCAGUAUGGUGCAUUAACAUCGGCCAUUUUAACGACCCGGUGCAUGGGGGUUCUUGGCUCAGAGGUGCUGUUUAUUAUUUUAAAAUUGCGGUCGCGCUUGCUGUAGCAGCAAUUCCAGAAGGUUUACCAGCUGUUAUCACAACGUGUCUAGCUUUGGGUACCCGUCGAAUGGCUCGCAAGAAUGCUAUCGUCCGGUCAUUGCCAAGUGUCGAAACUCUUGGGUGUACAACAGUGAUUUGUUCUGACAAAACCGGUACCCUUACAACUAACCAAAUGACUGUUUGCCGAAUGUUCACUUUCGGUAACGAGAGUCGGAUUGGUGAUGCUUUGCAACUGAAAUUCGACGAGUUUGAAAUUACAGGUUCUAAAUAUGCUCCAGAAGGAAAUGUGCAUCAUCAAGGACGAAAAGUAGACUGUUCUGAAUAUCCUUGUCUUGUGGAACUUGCUCAAAUAUGUUCUUUGUGUAAUGACUCGUCUGUGGAAUACAAUGAAUCUCGACAUGCAUAUGAAAAAGUGGGCGAAGCGACUGAGACUGCAUUGAUUUGCUUGGUCGAGAAAAUGAAUGUCACAAAAGUCUCUAAAUCAAAUCUUACUAAUCAUCAGCUUGCAAUGGUUUGUAAUCGUGAUAUCCAGAAAAUGUUUGAAAGAAAAUUCACUCUUGAGUUUUCUCGGGAUAGGAAGUCAAUGUCUACCUAUGUCAUCCCUCAAAGUCAAAUUUCCGGCUCCAAAGAAAAACUCUUUGUUAAGGGCGCCCCGGAGUCCAUAUUGGAUAGAUGCACUUAUGUACGCACUGCAGGCGGAAAAUUGUUGUUAACGUCUGAGCUUAAAGGCGAAGUACUUCGAAAAAUAGCUACCUACGCCACUGGACGUGAAACUCUUCGUUGUUUGGCUUUAGCUACAAGAGAUGAACCACCUUCUCACUUUGAUUUAAAAGAUCCAAAGAAUUUCAAGGAUUAUGAGACUGAACUAACUCUUGUGGGUGUUGUUGGUAUGGUGGACCCGCCACGUUGUGAGGUUGCCAGCAGUAUCCAAGCUUGUAAAAAGGCUGGAAUCCGUGUUAUUGUUAUUACAGGUGAUAAUAAAGCAACUGCGGAAGCUAUUUGCCGUCGUAUAGGGUUGUUUGAAGAUAAAGAAGAUACUAGUGGAAAGUCCUUCACGGGGAGAGAAUUCGAUGACCUCAGUUUAGAAAAAAAGAAGGAUGCUGUACGUAACGGAAAGUUGUUUGCUCGAGUUGAACCCGCCCAUAAAAGUCUAAUCGUACAAUUCCUACAGCAGGAUGGUGAAAUAUCUGCAAUGACUGGGGAUGGUGUUAAUGACGCCCCAGCACUAAAGAAGGCGGAAAUCGGAAUUGCUAUGGGAAGUGGUACUGCCGUUGCCAAAUCUGCUUCUGAUAUGGUGCUAGCUGAUGAUAAUUUUAGCACAAUUGUUGCGGCCGUUGAAGAAGGCCGAGCUAUAUAUGAUAACAUGAAACAGUUCAUCCGUUACCUUAUUUCGUCCAACAUCGGCGAAGUUGUUUGCAUUUUCUUGACUGCUGCUCUCGGUAUGCCUGAGGCUUUGAUUCCUGUACAAUUACUCUGGGUUAACUUAGUCACUGAUGGUCUACCUGCUACAGCUUUAGGAUUUAAUCCUCCUGAUGUUGAUAUAAUGACUAAACCACCACGCAAAAGCAAAGAACCAUUAAUUUCCGGUUGGUUAUUCCUUCGAUACAUGUUGAUAGGCAUCUAUGUUGGGUGUGCAACCGUUGGAGCAGCAGCCUGGUGGUUCAUGGUCUAUGAGGGGGGUCCGAAAGUGAACUAUUAUCAGCUGACACAUCAUUUGCAAUGCCAGUUGGAACCAUCUGCGUUCAAAGGAGUUAAUUGUAGUGUAUUCGCCAGUCCAAAACCUAUGACAAUGGCUUUAUCUGUGUUGGUUUUGAUUGAGAUGUUUAACGCAUUGAACAGCCUUUCUGAGAAUCAGUCGCUUCUGGUCAUGCCUCCUUGGCAUAAUAUGUGGCUUAUCGCUGCGAUCUGCUUUAGUAUGACACUACACUUCGCAAUCUUGUACAUAAAUGUACUAGCGAAUAUAUUCCAAAUAGCUGCACUGAAUAUCGCAGAGUGGUUUGCUGUAUUGAAAAUAUCCAUACCUGUGCUUUUAUUGGAUGAAACACAAAAGGCUAUUGUUCGUUCUUCUCAAAGAGGUCACAGUCCACUUUACCACAUGGCGAUACCGAUGGUGAUGUGGUGUGUAUAUUCUACUUUUCUUGCCUUCAACCCUUUGUGA